GAGCCCCGGCAGCCCGCCCUCCAAGAUGAAGAAGCUCCACGGAGCUCCCCAACGCAAGCCCAUUACCCCAGACCUGCUGAUGACCCCCAGUGAUCAGGGCGAUGUAGAUCUGGAUGUGGACUUUGCCGCAGACCGGGGCAACUGGACGGGCAAGCUGGACUUCCUGCUGUCCUGCAUUGGCUACUGUGUGGGCCUGGGGAACGUCUGGCGGUUCCCCUACCGAGCCUACACCAACGGAGGAGGCGCCUUCCUCGUGCCCUACUUCCUUAUGCUGGCCAUCUGUGGCAUUCCUCUCUUCUUCCUUGAGCUCUCUCUGGGCCAGUUCUCCAGCCUGGGACCCCUGGCCGUCUGGAAAAUCAGUCCCCUCUUCAAAGGUGCCGGCGCGGCCAUGCUGCUCAUCGUAGGCCUGGUGGCCAUCUACUACAACAUGAUCAUCGCCUACGUCCUCUUCUACCUCUUCGCCUCCCUCACCAGCAACCUGCCCUGGGAGCACUGUGGCAACUGGUGGAACACGGACCUCUGUCUUGAGCAUAGAGGCUCCAAGGGUGGCAAUGGGGCCCUGCCCCUCAACCUCACCAGCACUGUCAGCCCCAGCGAGGAGUACUGGAGCCGCUACGUUCUCCACAUCCAAGGCAGCCAGGGCAUUGGCAGUCCUGGGGAGAUCCGCUGGAACCUCUGCCUCUGCCUGCUGCUCGCCUGGGUCAUCGUGUUCCUCUGUAUCCUCAAGGGUGUGAAGUCCUCGGGCAAGGUGGUGUAUUUCACGGCCACGUUCCCCUACCUCAUCCUGCUCAUGCUGCUGGUCCGAGGAGUCACGCUCCCAGGGGCCUGGAAGGGCAUCCAGUUCUAUCUCACCCCCCAGUUCCACCAUCUGUUGUCUUCCAAGGUGUGGAUCGAAGCUGCUCUUCAGAUCUUUUACUCCCUGGGUGUGGGCUUCGGGGGUCUGCUCACCUUUGCCUCCUAUAACACGUUUCAUCAGAACAUCUACAGAGACACCUUCAUCGUCACUCUGGGCAAUGCCGUCACCAGCAUCCUGGCUGGCUUCGCCAUCUUCUCUGUGCUGGGCUACAUGUCUCAGGAGCUGGGUGUGCCUGUGGACCAAGUGGCCAAAGCAGGCCCCGGCCUGGCCUUUGUCGUCUACCCACAGGCCAUGACCAUGCUGCCUCUGUCGCCCUUCUGGUCCUUCCUUUUCUUCUUUAUGCUCCUGACUCUUGGCUUGGAUAGCCAGUUUGCCUUCCUGGAGACCAUCGUGACAGCUGUGACGGACGAGUUCCCAUACUACCUGCGGCCCAAGAAGGCUGUGUUCUCGGGGCUCAUCUGCGUGGCCAUGUACCUGAUGGGGCUGGUCCUCACCACCGACGGAGGCAUGUACUGGCUGGUGCUUCUGGAUGACUACAGUGCCAGCUUCGGGCUAAUGGUGGUAGUGAUCACCACGUGCCUCGCCGUCACCCGGGUGUAUGGCAUCCAGAGGUUCUGCCGAGACAUCCACAUGAUGCUGGGCUUCAAGCCGGGCCUCUACUUCAGGGCCUGCUGGCUGUUCCUGUCCCCGGCCACACUCCUGGCCCUGCUGGUGUAUAGCAUCGUCAAGUACCAGCCCUCAGAGUAUGGCAGCUACCGCUUCCCAGCCUGGGCGGAGCUGCUGGGAAUCCUGAUGGGCCUGUUGUCCUGCCUCAUGAUCCCGGCCGGCAUGCUGGUGGCUGUGCUUCGGGAGGAGGGCUCACUCUGGGAGCGGCUCCAGCAGGCCAGCCGGCCGGCCAUGGACUGGGGCCCGUCGCUGGAGGAGAACCGGACUGGCAUGUACGUGGCCACGCUGGCGGGGAGCCAGUCGCCCAAGCCACUGAUGGUGCACAUGCGCAAGUACGGAGGCAUCACCAGCUUUGAGAACACUGCCAUCGAGGUGGACCGUGAGAUCGCCGAGGAGGAGGAGUCUAUGAUGUGAGCCGGGAGGCAGGCGGACAGGAGGCCCUGCCGGCUGCAAAGGGUGGCCGUGCCCUGCGGGGUGCUGGGAGGCCCGCGGCAGAGGUUGCCACGGUGGAUCCUCAGUGCAAGUCCUUCCUUGUGGCCUCUGCCUCUCCUGUGUCUACCUUCUCCACACACGCACACAAACCCACUUGAAGCUCAGUCCUCAUUCUGCAGGUGGAUGAACCGUGGCCAGGGAGGAGGGACUUGCCCAAGGUCGCAUGGCAGGGGGGACUGGACCCCAGGCCUCCUGGCCAACCAGCUCCCUUUCUUACCUGGAAGCUGGCAUCGUUCUCGCCUCUCUGUUCAGGGCCCAGACUCCUCUCUUUUCUAGGGGAGCCUGCCCCACACACUUCAAACAGCCAGAAUCCCGAGCUGGGCAGGGAUGCUCGGGGUGUGGCGAGGCCCAUGAGGCCCCCCGGGCACUGAGGGUUCGCAGUGAAGUGAGAGAAAGAGCCUAUGGGCUCCCAUGCCAGGGCCAGGCUUCCUGAAGGUGGUGAGGUCUGAGGGCCCUGGACGAUGGGAAGUUGGGAGGAGGGCAGGGUGUGGAGGCCCCAUUGUAGCCCCUGGGCUCCCCACCACCACUCAGAGCCCAGGGCAGAGACCUGGGUAUUACUAGGUUACAGCAGGGUCCAGGGGGCAAUGUUGA